AUGUCGCUGAAGGCUGAGCUCGAGCAGUGGCACCAGGCCGUCGAAUACUACGAUGACCAGAACUACGGCGCAGCACUCGAGAUUUUUGAGAGCAUUGCGGACUCUGCAAAGAUUCAUUUCAACAUCGGACUGAUCCUGGGCCGCCAGGGUAACCACAAAGAAGCGGCCCUGGGCUUGGACCGCUAUCUGGUGGUGGCGCUUUUCCAGCGCGGCGUAGCGCGCAUGGUGCAGCAGCAGAACCACGAGGCGCUGCAGGACUUCAACGAGGCACUAAAGUACCUGCGCGACAAUGACUGCAUCGACUACUCGCAAAUCGGCCUCGACUACAAGGUAUAUCUGUGCGAGGUUCUGUACAAUCGGGCUCUGUGCUACUUUUGCCUGGGAGAGGAGAUGAAUGCGAUGAAGGACCUGGAGUUGGCAGCAAAGCCAUCCAUUCCCAUGGCAUGGACUGUCCCGCUGUACUGUGUGCCGCGCGGUGUGAUCUACCGUCCAUCGGCAAGCAAGCUGAAGAGCUCGAAGAAGAUUGAUUUUCUGGGCUCGGCCAAGGUCAUUGCGUCGGCAGACGGCAAGGACAACUUUACGGGCUUCAAGGGAGCGCUGGUGCGCAAGGAGACUAUGCGGACAAUUCCUCUCAAAUCCAGCGGCCGCGGACAGGGCAAUAUGGCACACCAAAAGUCGAUGCGUGUCAAGAAGAGCACGCCGCCGCCAGAGGCCUUGGGCUCGCUCGCUCGCUCAAACACGAUGCCGGCCCACCGUGUGAACGGAAACGCAAUCACCUCUGACGCCAGCACGCCCACAUUUGGCACAUACCCGAAAUCGGCCGCACCAGUACCGCAGAGCAGGACACCCGAUGAGGCAAUGAGCCUGCCGCCGCAGAUGACGAAGACAAAGUCGGAGAUGUCGAUGAACUCGGACUACCGCCAGGCCAGACUGCAGGCUCUUGCGCAGGCGCAGGCGCAACGCACUCAGCCCCACAGCGCUGACCCGUACAGGAUCGAAGGAGAGGAGAGCCCGUCUGCCUCCGACUACAGUGAUGCCUCGCGGCCGCCCGCCAGCGCACCAGCGCUCACGCCCGAGCCUGACACCAGGCGCGAAAUGCCGCAGCGCAGCCCGGGCCCGAGCCCGAGUCCAGGCGCUACACAGCAGCGUGGCACAGACCCUCUGGAGAUCAUUCGAGCCGGUCUUGCCCGUCGCACAACCUUUGAAAAACCAGCAGAGCCAGCAGGCGCCGCGCAGCGCCGGACAGCAGCGCGCGACGGAGCUGGCUCGCCUGCUCUGGACCGGAUCGAUGAAACAUCGCCAAUGUCGGCGCCCCUGCAGCGGGGUCCUGGCGCCCAGCUCCCGGCACCGGUGGCACGCCAGCCGCCCAACACAGCAGCGUAUGGCAGCGAGAUGGACCACGACGACAUCAACAGCAUGGCGCAGGGCGUCGCUGGCAUGCAGGUGCAGAACGCAGAGCUGCCCUAUGCCCAGGCGCACGCGCUGCCGCAGUCAGUGGCGUCGUCGGUCAGCCCGGGCCCCAUGCCGACCACAGCCGGGCCGCAGUACAUGGAGCGGAUGCAGCACACGCGGUCGCCCAGCAGCACCGCCUCGUCGGCACCCCCACAUAACGUCAGCUUCGAUCUUCAUAGCAACAGCGCGACGCCGGCUAGCACGGGCUCUGGCGGCAGCGGGCUGCGGCGUGCGCCGACCAAGCGCGGAUCAAUGAAGAUCAAGUUCCACUUUGCCAACGAUACCUUCAACCUGAUGGUCCCGACCCGCAUCACGUUUGACGGCCUGGUGACAAAGCUGACGGACAAGAUUGCAAUGGUGCUGGCCCAGUACGGCCAGCAGCAGACGGUGUCGCCGAACGCUGGGCUCAAGAUCCGGUACCUGGACGAGGACGGCGAGGCCGUGCUGAUGACCGACGAAGACGACUUUGAGCUGGCCAAGGCGUAUGCCGGAGGCGACAUGUCGGCGCCCGAAACCAACAUUGUCGAGCGGCUGGAGCUGUGGUGCUCACUGUAA